AUGCGUUUCUCGCGAUCACUGGCCCUGCUCGGAGCCGUAAUCGGCGUGGUCUCUUCCUACGGGAUCGAACUGCCGGCGGGUGUACCCAGAUCUCUGGAAGAGUUCCGUGACAAGCAUCCCUACACGCCUCCAUCCCAAGGGUGUGGACGCAAGACCUUCACGAUCCGCGCUUCCCGGAACGCCACGGAUGACGUGUCUGAGGAACUCAAGAAGGGUCUUCAGGAAGCCAACAACGGUGGCACCUUGUAUCUUCCCAAGAACCAAACGUUCGUCAUCGCAAAAGCUCUCGACUUGACUUUCCUCAACGACAUUCAUGUCCGGCUGGAGGGCGAGAUCAAGUUCACCGAUGAUGUGAAAUACUGGCAAACAAAUGCGUUCACGCAUCCUUUCCAAUCUUGUGUAGGGAAAUGGGGUGGCAAGGACAUCAAGAUCUACGGUGAUGGUGUCAUCAAUGGACAAGGCCAACGCUGGUGGAACGAGUUCAACUCUGGCAUCGGAUCGAUUUUGAACCCCGCCAACAAAUACCUCCGGCCCAUCCUUUUCUAUGUUGAGAACACCACGAAUCUAGAAGUUGAGGGCAUCCACAUGAAGGAUUCUCCCUGCUGGACCAACUUCGUCGUCGGAUCGAGCAAUAUUGAGUACAGAGAUGUCAUCGCCACUGCUAUCACCAACAACGGCAGCAUUAUCCCCAAGAACACUGACUUCUUCGACUCUUUGGAUGUUCAGGAUGUAAAGAUUGAGCGUGUCUGGGUCAACAUUGACGACGAUUGUUUCUCCCCGAAGUCCAACAACACCAAUCUUUACGUGAACACCAUGUACUGCAACGGUACACACGGCCAGUCGAUCGGCUCCUUGGGACAAUACGCCGGGGAAAUGUCAUACGUCAAGGACGUUCACAUUGAGAACGUUUGGAUGUUGAACGGAGAUUACUCGGGUGCCCGCAUCAAGACCUGGGCUGGCCCUAACGUGGGAUACGGUUUCGUCGACAACAUUACCUACAAAAACUUCUGGGUUGCUCGGAUGGACUACGGAGUUAUUCUUGACUCAUGUUACUUCAACAUCAACGAGACUACCUGCGAGCAAUACCCGUCCGGCAUGAAUGUCUCCAACGUUCUCUUCGAGAAUUUCACCGGCUACACCAGCGGUAUCUACGGCAAUGCCGUUGCGAAGCUAACAUGCUCCACAAACCCCGACGCCGUCUGCCACAACAUCAAAUUCAAGAAUUUUAACGUCACGUCACCCUGCGGUGGGGAACCCGUCAUCAUCUGUGAUGGCGUAGAUGGAGGUAUCGACACUCCCUGUGUGAGCAUCGACAGUGACGAGGCAAAAGCCGCUCUGGCGGCAAAGUGCCAGACUCCUCUCGCUCCCAUUAACGAGAAGCCGUGGUAG